CUUUCGAAGUCAUUCAGUUUGAAACUUUUUGUGCGUAGGAGUCGGGUUACAACAGGGAGAGAAGAAAACACUCAAUUAUUUACACAAUAGUACCUAAUACAACAUACAUUUACAUUAAGUCGACUGAGAAGAGCCUUUUUCUCGAGGAAAGACGAAGGUCCGAUUCAUGGAGCUGUACAUGGACUUGCUAUGGAUUGCCAUGAUGAAGACUCAAUAUUUAUCCUAGAUUAAAUUGUCAAAUUGUAGCAGUGUACUCCGCGGUGUCUUGACUCACGCCCCGCAUCCUGUUUGAUUUGAAGGAAAGACAUCAUCAUGGACUCCUUCAGUACUAAGAGCCUGGCCCUUCAGGCCCAGAAGAAGCUGAUGAGCAAGAUGGCCACCAAGAGCGUGGCCAACCUGUUCAUUGAUGACACCAGCAGCGAGGUGCUGGACGAGCUCUACCGCGUCACCAAGGAGUACACACGCAACCGCAAGGAGGCCCAGAAGAUCAUCAAGAACCUCAUCAAGAUGGUGGUGAAGCUGGGUGUCCUCUACCGCAACAACCAGUUCAGCGGGGAGGAACUGGUGCUGGUCGAGGGCUUCAGGAAGAAGGUCCACACACUGGCCAUGACAGCUGUCAGCUUCCACCAGAUCGAGUUCACAUUCGACCGGCGUGUGAUGAGCGCCAUCCUGAAUGAGUGCCGUGAGCUGCUGCACCAGGCAAUCAACCGCCACCUAACAGCCAAGAGCCACUCACGGGUCAACCACGUGUUCAACCAAUUCGCAGACUGUGACUUCUUGGCAGCUCUCUACGGCCCCUCUGAGGUGUACCGCAACCACCUGCAGAGGAUUUGCGACGGUGUCAAUAAGAUGCUGGACGAUGGCAACCUUUAAACCCCCCCCCCCCCCCCCAUAGGACCUUUUGACCCCUUCCCUUUGACCUUUGAGGCCUUACCUGGUGGUGUGACAUUCACCACAUGGUUGCCUUCUUGGCUCUUUUAUUUUAUUUUAUAGACAAACAUUAUGCAUAGUGGACAUUUGACAUUUUGCCCCUCUGACAUUACUGUACAACACUGAAGGAUGUUCCAGGCUAGUUAGUCCAAAGUUUCUUCUACGCCUCUUUAUUUAAAGGAACAACAUGGACCUCUUCAGUGAAUGUAUAAUACAAGCUUUUGUCAAUCAUUUCUGGACAUAGGACUUCACCAAUGCCUUGGAACUGUCUUUUUUUUCAAUGGCUGUCUGUCCCCUGGAAGGUCUCCCAACCACAGCCUGAAGAUCAUAUGUACGAGUAGUCAAUUGAAUGGGCUGAAAUGCUUUUAGAGCGAAGAGGACAACGGUAGAUGUUAACCUACUUCAGGACAACCAUAAGGGACUCUGUUGUUAGACAGGAGUGCCACUUGAGGUUAAAACAGCACUAAUUGUUUUGCAAUAAUUCACGUAACAGACCAAUAAUCUAGUUUCAGCAUCACAUUUACACUCCAUAUCCUAAGUAAGUCUACACUUUGUUUGGAUCAAAAUACCUUUUGCCUGCUUUGGCCCUAAUUACCUGUUUUUAUUACAAUCACACCAAAGAGCGUAUCAUUUGGGUCAUGGGGGCUAUAAACAUGGAGGAAGUUGAUUGUGCUGUGCAACCUAAUUGUCACCGAGCUGCUGACUCAUCAGCUCUUUAACUUCAUCUGAGCUGUACCCGAAACCCCUACCCAGCAAACACUUUGAUUUCUGCGCAGCCGAGACCGACUCCAUAUACAGUCCUGUUAAUGACUGGAGGAUAUGGGAAAGGGAAGUAGGUUGCCUUUGUUGGUGAGGCCCAGGCUGUUUCGUCACGUAACAUAGUAUUAUGGAUUAGAGCAGAGACUAAAACAAUACUGGAUUGUACCUUCCAUUAUUCUAUUAAUUAUUCCCCCACUCCAGGCCAAUAAUAGCCUACCUACAGCUAAUCCAUUCCAACACCCCAGCCUCCAUUUAAUGGGAUUGAGAUCACAUCUUUGCUUGGUGCACGUCCUAUUUGGGAGUGAAGUUGUUUUUUAAUGAACAAUUUAGAUUUGCUGUUUAGUUUGUUAUAUAGUACUACCCUGCACAUAAUGGAUGUUAUUUUCUUUUCUAGGCCUAUCUGUGUGUUUUUGUAUGGCUGAGCCUGUCUAGGAGACUGUUAGCGCUGUGGCCUCAUUUGGUAUUCUCAGUGACAGUGUAUACCUGUGAGGAGCUGCAGCAGAGAGUUGUAAUGAGCGCUGUGUUCUCCAGGAUCUGCUGUCUCUCUUUCUCGCUCUCUAUUCUCUGUCACAGAAACCUCCCUGGUCUGUACUGUAGCAAUUCUGCCAAAGAGAGGAAAGGGAGAGAUAAGCAAUCUCGGCAAUCGCGAGAAGGACCUUUCCAAAGGAACAUUAGGGUAAUCGGUAUGCACUUGAUCAAGAUUGUUUUCAAAUUUAAAUUAUAUUUUUUUGUUUGUUAGUCCCUCCAUUUUAUUUCAAGAUGUGGUCUCCAUUUGACUUCAUCCUCCUACAUCUGGGGGAGUUGUAUGAAGUGAACGCUCACAGGACUAGAACAUUUAAGUCCCAGAAUACUUGAGAUGGCUUAGUUCUUAAAUGUCAAAGAUGCCGUUCUUUCCAAUCACAACAGUUCUCAGGUUUAAGUCUCAGAGCUUGUGCUCAUGACACACUUACUAGCGUUGGACCCAAUGUUGGAGGAUUAAAUACGGACCAAAUUAUCUGCUUCAUACAUUUUACAUUAGCUCACAAAAGAUGCAUUAUUUUAAGUAAUGUUGUAUUUCUAACAAUGGGUAGUGAAAUAUUUUGUGUAUUAUUUGUUAUAUGUUGUUGUACAUAUGUUUGUUUUAGUGUGCCUUCUCGAUACUAGACAUGACGAAUAUACAUGAUUACUCCUAUUUUUAAAUAAAUUGUUUGUCUUUUCUUGA